AUGACAACAUCAAAACCAAUCAACAACAACAAUAACCAAAACAGCAACAUCAGUGGCAUGGGAAUGAGUAUGCUUCUGGUCUUAUUCUCCCAAGACAACAAAUCCACCAUCACCGACAACCCCAAACUCACUUUCCUUUCCCCGUCCAAAUCCAUCUUCUCAAAAGCACAAUCCACCAUCUCCGUUUGCCUCCUUCUCUUCUUCACCACGCUCCUCCUCUUCACACUCUCCACUCUCCCCAACACUUCUCACACCCACAAACGCACUUCAAGCACCUUUUCAUACACCCCUCACCAACCCUUCGCGCUUCAACGCAUGGGCACGCUCCACCGAAGAGGCACGAAAUCCAUGUCCGACCUUCUCAUCUGCCACGUCCCAGACGACACCCCCCUCGACGACUUCCGCCUCUUCCUCCGCCUCCUCCACCGCUCCUCCCUCACCGCCUCAUCCGACGUCGUUUUCCUCUUCUCCUCCCCCUCCUCAUCCUCCAAAUUCACCCCCAUUAUCUCUCAAGAGAACCACGCCUUCUUCUCGCUGCUUCAUCUCCACACGCGCCUCAACUCCACGCGCUGCCGCCAACACCCCAAGUCCUCCUUCGACCCCAACUGCUUCAAACAACAUCAACACCUACAAAAGGAACCAUUUUGGGGUCCCAAAACAAAAAACAACUUGACCAGUUCCCGCUCCCACUCACUGAGUUACGGGUCGGUCCUCAGUUUCCACGCCUCCGAACUCGACCCGGAGAACUCGCUCGCCGGCUUCCUCGACCGCGUGCCUCUCACUCUCCGCCGCUGGGCGUGCUACCCCAUGCUCCUCGGCCGCGUUAGACAUAGCUUCAAAAACGUGAUCCUCGCCGACGUCAAAACCCUCUUGAUUCUCAAAGACCCACUCGUCCGAGUCAGAACUCGGAGCCCCGACACAGUCCUUGUUUUCUCGAAACAAGAAAAACACGGCAAGAGAAUGCAGCGUAUUGUUGUGUCCUCCGUUCUAAUGGGCGGCGCUCGCGGCGUGCGGCGGCUGUCCGGCACUGUGGCCGUAGAGAUAGUCCGCGCUGUCACGCAGCACAGGAAGAGGAAAAACCCCGUGACCGAGUCGGCCAUACUGAGUCAACUCGUCGGCGAGAGCGAGUUCGUUUUGAAGAAUAAGAAUGUUGAUUUGGUCGCUUCGUCGGAGUUGAUACCCGAGGCUGGUGGCUCAUCCGCGACGUCGUUUUGGGACUUCCCGAUGGUUCAUCGCGGUGUGAGUAAUCACGACCUUAAUUAUGUCAUCAGGAAGCAAAUGUGUUCCUCUGUGGAGGAUUCUUCUGUCUAUAGAGAUUGUUAA